UGGCCUUUCUUUCCUCCGAUCCCCCCCCCCCCACUCGAACCCGGCCGGCGCCCUCUCUCUUACCAGCCGCUGCCGCCGCCUCCCGCCGUCAACGCCGCCCGGGGUUCCACCGCCGCUUCCUGUCCAUAUCAGUCCAGCCCUCUCCUUCCGUCCUCUACACCAGGUCGGGGGCCGCCUCCUGCGGUGCCCUCGACCUCAUACGGCCGCCGGAAUCUGGUGUGGCGCCGCCGCCGCCGCAUUGGUGUAGGUAGCACUCCUCGCGGCCACCGCGCCUCAUUCAUGGAGAGGCGUCGCUGGGUUGUACUAGAACCUUAAUCCAUGCUAUUCAACAUCCCUUACUGCAAAUCACAAGCUCCUGUAGCCGCCGCCGCCGCCGCCGUAGCAACUCUCUCCAGCCUCCGCUUCUCCUCCUACUCGCGGGCGCUGAUCCCGCCGCUGCCCGAAGAGAACCCGUUCGCACUACUACUCACAUCUGAUCCCCCGCCACCGGAGCCUCUCCGCCAGGUGCUUGCCACGGGCGACGUCCACGCCGCGCUCCGCGGCCUCCCGGGCGUCGCGCGCCAGCUGUUCCGGUGGGCAGAGACCACCCCGUGUGGCUUCCCCCGCUCCGCCUCCGCGUUCGCCGCCGUCCUCGUCCCGCUCGCCCAAGCCAACCACAUCCGCGCCGCCUACCCCGUCUCCCUCCGCGCCCUCCACCUCGGCCUCCUCCUCCCACUCGUGUCCCUCCUCCUCUCCUCUUCCGUCUCUCCCUCCCACCGAUCCCUACUCAGCCUCCUCUUACGCUUGUCCACCAAGUUCUCGACGGAAUGCGAAGCUCACGACCCAGCGCCCACCACCUGUUCGAAAUUAUGCCUUUCCGCUUUCCGCGAGAUGGCACACCAUGGCGUGGCCCCUGACGUCAAGGACUGCAACCGCGUGCUUCGUGUGCUCCGUGACGCGGCCAGGUGGGAUGACAUUCGUGCUGUGCGUGCAGAGAUGCACCAGCUUGGAAUUGGGCCAAGCAUUGUCACGUACAAUACAUUGCUGGAUUCUUCCUUCAAGGAGGGAAGGAUGGAUGAGGUUCAAAAGCUGUUGAGGGAGAUGGAGACCCAGGGGGUUGGUUGCUUGCCGAAUGAUGUCACCUACAAUGUGGUGAUUAGUGGGUUGGCCAGGAAAGGUGAGCUGGAGAAGGCAGCGGAGCUGGUUGACAGGUUGCGGUUGUCCAAGAAAGCGUCAUCCUUCACUUAUAACCCACUUAUCACUGGGUUGCUCGCAAAGGGUUUUGUCAAAAAGGUUGAAGCUUUGCAGUUGGAGAUGGAGAAUGAAGGUAUUAUUCCUACAGUGGUGACAUACAAUGCAAUGAUUCAUGGGCUGCUUAAAAGUGGGCAGCUAGAGGCUGCACAGGUGAAAUUUGUGGAAAUGAGGGCAAUGGGAUUGCUGCCAGACUUGAUCACGUACAAUUCAUUGAUAAAUGGUUAUUGUAAGGCAAGCAAUUUAAAGGAAGCACUUUGGUUGCUUGGUGAUUUGAGGCGUGCAGGGUUAACACCGACAAUUUUGACGUAUAACAGUCUUAUAGAUGGUUGUUGUAGAUUAGGUGAUUUAGAGGAAGCUGAGAGAUUCAAAGAUCAAAUGGUACAGCAGGGUUGUUUGCCCGAUGUUUGUACAUAUACAAUUCUCAUGAAUGCUUCAUCUAAGGCGAGGAACCUUGAUAUGGUAAGAGAAUUCUUUGAUGAGAUGCUGAGCAAAGGUUUGCAGCCAGAUUGCUUUGCCUAUAAUACAAGGAUUUGCGCAGAGCUAACCCUAGGGGCUAUUUCCAACGCUUUCCAUUUGAGGGAAGUGAUGGAGUUGAAAGGAAUAUCUUCUGAUGUAGUUACAUACAAUAUUCUUAUUGAUGGACUUUCCAAGACUGGUAACCUGAAACAUGCCUAUGUGCUGUGCAUGAAGAUGGUCAGUGAUGGUUUACAGCCUGACCGUAUCACAUGCACCUGCUUGAUUCAUGCGCACUGUGAGAGAGGACUCCUAAGAGAAGCAAGGGAUAUUUUUGAUGACAUGGUCUCAAGUGGUUUAUCACCCUCAGCUGUGACCUACACUGUUUUUAUUCACACAUAUUGUAGAAGAGGAAAUCUUUAUUCAGCAUAUGGUUGGUUUCGGAAGAUGCUGGAGAAAGGAGUUGAACCUAAUGAAGUAACAUAUAAUGUGCUCAUACAUGCACUAUGCAGGAUGGGCAGAACUCACUUAGCUUAUCAUCAUUUUCAUGAGAUGCUGGAAAGGGGAUUAGCGCCAAACAAAUACACAUAUACUUUGUUGAUAGACGGGAACUGUAGAGAAGGCAACUGGGCGGAUGCAAUAAGAUUGUAUUUUGAAAUGCAUCAGAAUGGUAUUCAUCCAGAUUAUUGCACACACUAUGCCUUGUUUAAGGGAUUUGAUGAAGGCCACAUGCACCAUGCAAUUGAGUACUUGGAGAAUGUUGUUUUGGGUGAAUAGAUUGGUCUCUGUGAAAGAGUAUCUUAUUAGCCUUGCUUGGCGGUCUGAAGAUGAUAGAUGGAGUUUGGGGGCAAUUCCUUUCAAAAGAGGAAGAAAAGAAAAAGAGAGUUUGAGACAAUGUUCUCUGAGUUAAGCAGCUGGGUGCUUUCCAAACGAAUAGUUAAGCACACACAGGUCUUCCUCUUGCUGCUCAGGAGGGGAUAGAUGGAGUUUUGGGGGCAAUUUCGUUCAAAAGAAGGAAAAAAAGACAGUUUGGGAAAACAUUCUCUGAGUUAAGCUGCUGGGUGCUUUCCAAUCGAAUAGUUGAGCACAGACAGGUCUUCCUCUUGCUGCUGGAACCUCGUCACAAUUCUUUACUUGGUAUUAUACUCAUGGAGAUACAUUUUCUAAUGGAAACUGGGAGGUGGGGAUGUUCUCCAGUGUCUAAAAAAACUUUCAUGACACUAUUCUACCCCUUUUGUUCUUUGCUUUUGAUAAGGUGUAUUGGAAACCUGUCGGCCAUGCAUUCCAUAUACCUACUAUCUCAAAUGGUAAAUGACCGAGGGCCUUUGCGACUAAGCUUUCUUCAAUUAUACAUAGGAUUUCUUUUGGUAGAAACAUACCAAGAUUUUUGUGUCAUGAAUAAUUCUUGUAUCACCAUCAAUCUUGCCAUAGGCAUAAGUCACAUACACUGACCUGUCAGAUAUGUAACUGUGUUCUUGUUCUUUGGUUCAUUUAACGAGAAGCUUGUCUCUUUCUUAA